UGUGCGUUAAGUAAACAGUGGAACUAAGACUACCUGUCAUAGCUAUUAAAAUAAUGCGAUUAACUUUAUUUCUAACUCUUGUUUUGGUUUGUAGAGUCCAUACUUUUCCAGAUCCUGGCCAGUGGUCAACGAGCUAUAGUAAUGUUCCUUCUGUGCUGCUUGGCAUUCCAAAGCCUUUGUAUGCCGAUUCUAGCAUUUACAUGUCUGUGAAUUGUGAUUCUGAAGUAGUGCAUAAGAUAGAAAUUCAGUGGGUUAUAAGGCAGACUUCUUGUUUUGAGGAUUAUAUAGAUUCAGAUAUAGCUAAUCAAAAGAUAUUGUUGCAGUAUUUUACGUGUCCAAUGACUACAAAUUAUUUUCCUAAAAUUCGAUUUUUUGGUUCCAAAGCAGUUGUUGUUGAUUGUUCAAACAGAAUAAACCUAGAAUAUACGAAUGCUUCCUUCAUCACCGUUACAGAGAAAUAUCAAGUUCCAUUUGAAUGCCAGAGUGCCUCUGCCUUUUCCUCAGAAGUGAGUGCCGAUCGUUUUAAAAUUGGGAAUGGCUCUAAUGCUAAUGGUACUCAUUUUCUACAACGUCGCAGUCCGGUGAAUGUAACGAAAGAAGUUCUUGAGGGAAAGGAUAAUGUAAAAAAUCUUCUUACUACACAACUCUCUAAAGAGAAAUUUGAAACUCCGCACAAUUCUGCUAAACAGCAAACACCUGUAAAUGCAUCCCAAGUUUCAACUUCAAAAAAAGAGCUAUCUAAUAAAGAAAAAAAUGAACUCGGCAGCACUGUGAAUAGCUCCAAAAGUCAUAAGGACUAUCAUCAGGACCAAGCACCAAUUAAAUAUUAUGCCUCCCCAUCUUCAAAUAAUUUGCAGCUAGGCUCAAAACUAACAACUGUUGAUAUGGAUGGAGUUUAUUUAUUUAUCUUGCAAAUCAAGCCUCUAAAUAGCAUACCUGCCAAGUUUAAUGUUUCAGUUGAUAUUGCAAUGAAAGGUAACCAUGGUUAUCUCUCUGCUAUUGAUUAUCCAUUGCUAAUUUUUUAUGGAAUAAUGUGCGUCAUUUAUGUUAUGUAUGCUAUUGCAUGGCUUGCUAUGUCAGCACUUCAAUGGAGGGAUUUACUUCGAAUUCAGUUUUGGAUAGGAGCUGUUAUCCUCUUAGGAUUGGUUGAAAAAGCUGUAUUUUAUGCCGAAUAUCAAUCAAUCAACUACACAGGAAGAUCUGUUCAAGGAGCUAUAUUGUUUGCGGAAAUAUUAUCAUGCAUGAAGAGGACAUUAGCUAGGAUGUUGAUUAUCAUUGUAAGCCUUGGAUUUGGCAUUGUAAAACCGCGAUUGGGCUCAACAUUACAUCGAAUCAUUGGUGUGGGUGCUAUUUACUUCUGCUUGGGUACUAUUGAAGGUUGUUUACGAGUUCUUAAGCCUAAAACUGAUCCAGGUAAUCAAGCCCUAAUGGCAGGGAUACCUUUAGCUGUUACUGAUAGUGCCAUCUGUUGGUGGAUAUCCUUUAUUCUAGUUCAAACAAUUCGAACAUUGCGACUGAGGAGAAACAUUGUCAAGCUUCAGUUGUACCGGCAUUUUACAAAUACCUUGCUGUUAUCUGUUGUUGGAUCAAUUGCUUUCAUGACUUGGUCUAUUCAUGCACACAGAUUAGUUAAUUGCAUAACAGAUUGGAAGGAGUUAUGGGUUGAUGAAGCUUAUUGGCACUUACUGUUUUCCAUAAUACUUUUUGCCAUAAUUAUUCUUUGGAGACCAACUAAUAAUAAUCAAAGGUAUGCAUUCACUCCUUUACUGGAUGCUAUUGAUGAUGAUGAUGAAGAUGACGAUGAAAACUCUAUGACUAAUGAUGCAUUUGUUGGAAUGAAAAUGCGCACUUCUAAAUCAAAUUUCAACGCUUCUCCUAAACAAGACGAAGUGAAGCAAAAAACAGAUGAAGAUUUAAAAUGGGUUGAAGAAAAUAUUCCUACAUCACUAACUGAUGUGGCCUUGCCAAGUCUUUUAGAUUCAGAUGAGGAAAUAAUGACAGCAAAAUUUGAACGAAGCAAAAUGGAAUAAUGCCUUGUUUCAAGGUGGUGAUAUUUACAUUAGCUUUCAUAAAGUGAUGAAGAAUAUUUUUAUUAUUUAAAAUCAUUGUAUAUAAUUUGUUUAUUGUUGGGCUAUGCUUAUUUAAUAAACUGACAAUUUUUG